UCAUUGUUUGUGCUGCUGGCGGAAUACGAGUUCAUAUUCUAAACUGCCUGGUUUGAGUUCUACAUAUUUUUUUAGCUGUUUAGUUCUAUGUUUUAGUUUAUUUCGCUUAAUAGCAAAUCACCAUGUCGGUGGCGUUUGCACCUCAUAGACAACGUGGAAAGGGUGAUAUAACACCCACUGGAAUUCAGAAGUUACUGGAUGAAAACAAUCAGUUGAUUCAAUGUAUAAUGGACUUCCAGAGCAAAGGAAAGACAGCAGAAUGUUCACAGUACCAGCAGAUGCUCCACAGAAAUUUAGUUUACCUGGCCACAAUAGCAGACUCCAAUCAGAACAUGCAGUCUCUGCUCCCUGCUAAGUGUGACUCCCCUACUCCCCCAGAGGUAAAGCUUGAACCUCCUACUCAGAACAUGCCCAUGGGCCCUGGUGGGAUGAACCAGAGCGGAGUACCGGGCCCCCAGCCCCCCCACGGACACAACAUGCCCUCUGAGGGCAUGGUCAGUGGCGGACCCCCAGCCCCACACAUGCAGAGCCAGAUGAACGGACAGAUGCCUGGGCCUAAUCACAUGCCCAUGCAGGGCCCUGGGCCGGGUCCCAACCAGCCUCCCAACAUGCCCGGCAGCGGCUCCAUGAACAUGCCCCCCAGCAGCCAUGGCUCUAUGGGCGGCUACAACCACGCUGUACCCUCCUCUCAGAGCAUGCCUGCCCAAGGCCAGAUGAACAUGACCCAAGGACCCAUGGGUAACUACGGCCCCCGGCCCAACAUGAACAUGCAGGCUAACCAAGGCCCCAUGAUGCACCAGCAGCCUCCCUCCCAGCAGUACAACAUACCCCCUGGAGGUGGCGGGCAGCACUACCAGGGCCAGCAGAACCCCAUGGGCAUGAUGGGCCAGGGAAACCAUGUGAUGGGGCAGAGGCCCAUGCCCCCUUACAGACCCCCACAGCAAGGACCCCCUCAGCAGUACCCAGGGCAGGAAGACUACUAUGGGGACCAGUACAGUCACGCAGGACAGGGAGCCUCAGAAGAGCGAGACCCAGCAGCCAACCAACAGUCCCCCUAUGAAAAAGAUAAUGAGCGAGACCCAGCAGCCAACCAACAGUCCCCAUAUGAAAAAGAUCAUGGUAAUGCCCAGUAUGGCCAACAGCAGGAGGCCUACCAGCAAGGUCCUCCCCAGCAGCAGGGCUACCCCCCACAGCAGCAGUACCCUGGACAGCAGGGCUACCCUGGACCGCAACAGGGCUACGGUCCGUCCCAGGGAGCCCCAGGCCAGUACCCCCAGGGUUACCCCCAGGGCCAGGGGCAGCAGUACGGGGCCUACCGGGGCCCCCAGCCCGGCCCCCCUCAGGCCCAGCAGCAACGCCCAUACCCAGGCUACGAUCAGGGUCAAUAUGGAAAUUACCAGCAAUGAGAGAUGGCCAUGGCAGUCACUGUCAGUCACCAAGAGCCCCGCUCUGACCUCUAACCUCUGACUUCUGUACAACUGUUAUCUGGACUUUUAUAACGGCUGCAGCUCACACACACACACACACACACACACACACACACACACACACACACACACACACACACACACUUUGCCCUCUGUAUCCCCUAUGUCUGGGCCUUAUGUAAUGAGAUGAUUGUGUUCACUUCCAUUUCUCCCCUUCUAGUCUGAGUUAAGUCUCAAAGCAGCAAUGCCUUAAAACCAAACAGAGCUGCCUUAUCCAGAGCACUGCAGAUUUCGAAAAGGGCAAAAAAUUACCCGUAAAAUUCAUUUUGUCUAGAUCAGAGGACAGAAGUGUACAGAACUGAACGUCACACUCAUGUAGGGCAAUGUUUCUCCAUCCAAUAGCCCCCUGUUCAUAAGAAGCAAUAAUGCCAAUGGGAAGUGGAGGGGUGGGACGGGGAUGGAGUGAGGAGAUUUUACACCAGAAACAAAAUUCUGUACGGCUAUGUUAUAUGUCAAGGUCAACAUAUGUGAUGAUGUAAACAUGUAUUUUAUGAUUUUUAGAUGGAGCUAAUUUUGUAUAAGAAUUUGGAGUACUGUUGAAUAUAGUUUCUGUUUUCCUCCUGAAGUGUUAUGUCUCUUGAUGUAAGUUGUGAUUAACAUUGUUUUCAUCUGCUAUUUUGUUUGUUCUUUUGUUAUUUGUAACCCCUGAUUUCCCUUUGCUUCUUCAAUGACUUGUACAUUGAAUAUGUGCUUGGGGUGAACAAAUCGGAUGCUUUGGUUUUUCUGAAUGGAUUGUACAUUGAAAGCCCUCAAACAAACUGAGAACACCUAUCUGUAUUGGAGCAUCAGUGGUGAAACAUUAUUUCUUUGGGCAACAAAACAUGACCUGUGAGUGGGGCUGUAUUCUGACUUUGAGAUCUACAGUAUGUGUGUAACUAGGGUUGCAAAGCUACCGGUGAUUUACCAAAGUUACCGGAAUAUUGCGUGAUUUUAGUCAUUAACAGAAUCUAUUGUAACUUUGGUAAUCUAGUCAUCUAUACUUGAAUAACUUUUAAAAACUGUAUUCGUAUAUAGUGUUCAUUAAUUAUAUCUGUGACCAUAUUGUCCAUGAGUUUUAUAUUAGAUAGUAGGGUGGCAGGUAGCGCGUUGGGCUAGUAACCGAAAGGUUGCUGGUUUGAAUACCUGAGCAGACAAGGUGAAAAAUCUGCCGACUUGCCCAUGAGUGUGGAACUUAACCGUAAUUUGCUCCGGGAACGCCAUGGCUGACCAUGUCAAACACAUUUCUCUGGACUAAUCUGGUGUAUGUGACAUUUUUUUAUUUUACCAUAUUUUUCAAGAGAAAAUAACCUAAUUAAUGGCAAAAAGCAUCUAAUCGACCAUUACAUUAUUUUUACACUAAUCUAAUGAUUUACCUUUUUCACAACUGCCACCAGUUUGAUGCCCAAACAUUAAUAAAACAUUGACAUAAAAUAAAUAAAAGUUUGUAAAAAGGAAA